UGUUCAGUCGUCGAUGCAACUAUACUGACAGACAUUUUUGUUAGUGAGUUGUUUAAUAAAGCUCUUUAGUGCAGUUAGCUGCGAGUGCACUUGAUUGAGAACAAAUGGACGAACAAAGCACUUCAACAGUGGACGCUGAGGCGGCGGCAGCACAGAAUGAAGACCCCUCAGAAGAUCAGAACAGGAAUGGCAACCAGAAGAUGUUACGACGAAUGGACACCGUGCCUGAUAUCAAAAGAGACACCUCUGGCAUAACCACGCAAUAUAUUGCUACUGGGAUAGUAAACCUCGGAGCGUUUGCAGCUGGUGUCUGCGUGGCUUGGUCAUCAUCAGCACUGCCUUUAUUGACAUCUGGACUUUUUGAGCCGCCGUCGCCAACUCGAGACGUGAUCGCCAUUGAAAAUACUACACCGAGCAUACUUAGUCCUACACAUACUAAACUAACGCUAACAGCAUCAGAAGCAUCAUGGGUGGCGUCUCUCUUGUGUCUGGGAGCCAUGUGGGGUGCCGGACCUGCUGGGCUGAUAUCAGAGUACUUUGGACGAAAGAAGACUUUGCUUUACCUGGCCCUACCACUGGUGGUUUCCUGGAUACUUGUCGCUUCUAGUCCAAACGUCUACGGUCUCUACGUGGGACGCUUCGUUGGUGGUAUGGCGCUGGGAGCCUUCAGUGUGGGUAUACCACCAUAUGUCGAAGAUAUAGCAGAGACGCACAUACUACCUACCUUGGCGAACUUCUACCAUGUCCAUUUUAGCUGCGGAGUUCUGUUCGGAUAUAUUAUUGGUCUCGUGGAGAAUACUUCUUGGCUGACCGUUCUUUGCGCCAGUGUACCAACAGCUUUCUUCGUAGCCUUCAUCUUCCUCCCGGAAUCACCAGCUUACCUGAUGUCUCAAGGGAAGUUCCACGAAGCGAAAGCAGCAUUGCGCUACUUCCGAGGGAUUGACAAUGACAUCGACUCAGAAAUAAAAGCAUUGAAAGAACGUAUCAGAAACUCCGCUAAGAUCAAAGUCACUUUCAAAGAACUCUUUGGUACAAAACAUACGAUCAAAGCACUUGUUGUCUCAUUCGGACUUAUGAUAUUCCAACAAAUGAGCGGCAUAUUUCCUGUCCUUUUCUACGCCAAGAAUAUUUUCGAAACCUUUGCCAUAUCUCUCAAUCCUCCCAGUGCGGCCAUCAUUUUGGGAUUCUGUUUCGUUUCAUCUACUUACUUUUCCACAAUGCUUCUGAAGGUUGUAAGAAGACGAGUAUUGUUGAUGAUUUCUUUUGCAGCUAUGGCUGUUAAUCUAGCUGGUUUAGGCAUCUAUUACCAUUUGAAAGCAUCAAAUCUAUCCCCAAGCAGUACAUGGGUACCACUUUUCACUUUAUGCUUAUUUGUCAGUUUUUAUGCUUCGGGUGUUGGACCUAUUCCCUGGUUGAUGCUGAGGGAAAUUUUCCCGUCACACAUGACAAGAAGAGCUACAGCUUUAACAGCUGGUUUCCAUUGGCUUUUGGCGUUCGCUGUGACGAAAUUCUACCAGAAUUUGGUAGAUAUGGUAAAACAUGGAUGGACUUUUUGGGCUUUUACAAUAGUUUGUCUAGUGGGGAUAGUAUUCGUCUACUUCUUUGUGCCUGAGACGAAAGACCGGUCUCUGCAAGAAAUACAGAAUGAGUUUGAAGGUAUUCAUAAGAAGAGAAAGCAUAGACAUGUCAUAGAGGUAGAAAGCGUUUCGGAAGCUUAGAUCAAGACUGUUAGGAUUUGGAUCUUUAUUUGCUAGACGUCCCCUGAUCCGGGUCCAUAGAUUUAUACGUAUUUUAGGUACUCUUUAG